AUGUAUGAAUCGCAAGUUACUUUCACGCUGGACACACAAGCCCUCUCAAACUUCCGCUCCUCAUCUCCCCAGUCCUCCUCCAUCUCAUACACCCUCCACUUCGCCCCCUACCAGCUCAACCCAGACUUCCCCCCCGAAGCAGACCGGCACAAGUGGUAUCUCGAGAACAAGCACUUUGGAGAUGACGCCGCCCAGCGCGCCUUCCAGGAGCACAUGGCCAGCGUCGCCGAGCCAUUAGGCAUCGCCCUCCGCUUCGACGGCCGCAAGGGGAACACUCUCCACGCGCAUCGCGUAGUGCAGUAUUUCCAGGACGCAAAGGGUGCUGAAACGGCGAGCAAGCUGCUCGAUGCGCUGUACGUACGGUACUUUGAGAAGGGGGAGCAUCCCUCCACGGACGAGACCUUGGUGGGAGCAUGUGUGGAAGCAGGGAUCCCGGGCGAAGAAGCGAGAAGGGUGGUGGAGGACAAGGAUCUGGGACUGGCGGAGGUGAAGAGGAGGCUGAGGGAGGUCAGUCGCGACGUUGAUGCCGUGCCGGUGGUGGUGGUUGAAGGGAGGAAGAGGGAUAUCACGCUGAUAGGGGCGAAGGAGGUGGGAGAUUAUCUCAAGGCGUUGGAGAAGAUUGCGAGUGAGAGCAGUUGA